AUGUCUCGUGCAACAGAUCAACCAAGUCCACCCACGCCACCAACACAACUUGAUAAUGAUGAAAAACGUAUAUUAGCUGAAUGUGAACGAGAAUCACUGAUUUAUCGUAGUAUACCAUUAGGUCUUACGGCUUUUUUUGCAACACAAUAUGCUAUGUCAAGAAAUUUAAUAAAACCACAAGGAAGAUGGAUUAAACUUGGUGCAAGUCUAUUUACUGGUUAUCUUCUUGGCAAGAUAUCAUAUGCACCAACUUGUCGAAAUAAAAUUCUUACACAAAUUCCAAAUAGUAAUCUAGCAUAUGCAAUUCGUGGUGUUGAAGCUCGACAUGAAUCUGUUAAUUCUGAUGAACAACAACAACAACAACAACAACAGCCUCAAUCAUAUAUGUCAAGAAAAUCAAAAGAUCCUAGUGAAGCUGUUGUAUUUGUACCUGAUCCAGUUGAAUUUGAUACGCAUACACUUCCAGUCGGUGUUAAUCAGUAUGGUGAUCCAAUUUAUGAUACGACUAAAUGA